GAGUGCGCGGUGCGAGCCGAGUGGAGCCGAGAGAGCGAGAGCUGACGCCGCGACGGACGUGGGGACGGGCUGGAACUGGAACUGACUUGUGGCGAGUGACAGGUGGUUUGACGUUUCGUCGGUCGCCAUCGUCGUCGUCGUGCCAACGACAGCGCGCGGCCUGCCAUAUUGCACGUUGAUCGUCCCGAGGCCGCGAGCCUUGCGUUCCGCCGUCGUGCGACUCGAUGACCGAGUGAGCAGCUACGCGUUCGUGGUGCAACGAGUCCGCGGGCUGCCGCCGCCGCGCGUUCAUUGUUCACACCCCUCGGUCACGGCCCAGCGGUCGCGGCAAGAAGCAGCAGCGAGCCUUCCACCACACGAUCCACGAGCGCGUACAAGAUGUCGACCGGUCCAUACAAUUAUUCCUACAUCUUUAAGUACAUCAUCAUAGGGGACAUGGGAGUGGGCAAGUCAUGCCUGCUUCAUCAGUUCACAGAAAAGAAAUUUAUGGCGGACUGUCCACACACCAUCGGCGUCGAAUUUGGGACGAGGAUUAUAGAAGUAGCGGGGCAGAAGAUAAAACUGCAGAUAUGGGACACUGCUGGGCAAGAGCGAUUUAGAGCAGUUACCAGAUCGUACUACCGCGGUGCAGCUGGAGCAUUAAUGGUGUACGAUAUUACGCGUCGUUCGACGUAUAAUCAUCUCAGUAGCUGGCUGACGGACACGAGGAAUUUAACAAACCCAAGCACUGUUAUAUUCUUAAUUGGUAACAAAAGCGAUCUCGAAGGACAACGCGAUGUUACCUACGAAGAGGCGAAGCAGUUUGCCGACGAACAUGGCUUAAUGUUUGUCGAGGCCAGCGCUAAAACAGGACACAAUGUGGAGGAAGCCUUCUUGGAAACAGCAAAGAAAAUAUUCCAAAGUAUACAAGACGGGCGAUUGGACCUAAAUGCAGCAGAAUCUGGUGUACAACAUAAUCCCAGUCAGCCAGGUCGCACCAGUCUUCAAGGAGUGUCUAAUGAACAGCAGGGAGGGAAGGAUUCCUGCUCCUGUUAGGUCUUAUUAUUUGUUUGUAUAUAGAUAUAUUAAUUGACCGGUACUAUUAAUGCAUAUGAUUUGUACUAAGUGUAGUUGACAGAUUGUCUCUUGUAGUCUAUAUCCUCCCUUUGAUAAGCGAAGUCCACUUAAAAAAAAAAGAGAAUGAAAUACGUUCAGAAUGAUCUUUUUUUAAUUAGCGCCAAUUUACGAUGUUCAAUACAAUGUUACAAGUAUUCGACACAAUGUAGAGACGUGCGUUGUAAAAAUGAUUCCGAUAAUAUUGCUAACUUUUGACGCGUGCAGAGUCCGUGAUCUGUCGAUAAAUACGGCUUUUGUAUAAUUAUUGCAAUUUAUGUACUAUUUUCACGUAGACGUUUUGUAUAUUUCAUGCAUUUUUUGCCGAGUCAGGUAAAGGAAAAUAAUUCAUUUAGAAUAUACAUAUAAUGUCAUAUGUAGAAGCACAUAUGUAGAAGCCAAUCAACCUUUCUCAUGUGUUCGACUGAAAUUUUCUGUUGGAACGACUCAACGGCAUACACAGGCGAUGGAAUUUACAUUCGACUAAUUUAUACGUGCAUGGGAGGAUUGCAUAUUUGUUGUAACAUGCAAGCUCUUGCUUUAAAAGAUUUAAUGAAAAUUAAAUUAUAAGCGGUCAGGUUUUUUCUCAAUCUCACUUUUUAAACCUGCUUUACCUGAUAAGAUAUGCACAUCCAUGCGAGCUUCGUGAUUUCCGUUAUCGUUCGUACUAAUUAUAGAUUGAGAAAGAGAAAGUAGGGAUCAAAAAUUUACUUCUUUUUUUCAAUUAAUAUCUAAAAGAUAUAUCUCUAUUCUUGAUGAAAUAUGAAUAUAUAUACAUACACAUAUAUAUGUAAAUUUAACAUUGUUUUUAGUGACAAAUUAAAGAUUAUUAUUCGUCUUUCAUUUGUAAUAUCAAUUGAAAAUCCAGUUUCGGUUUGUAGAAUUUAAAUGAGCGGAUAUGUGUCGCUUGAAUAUUACACGAAACAAUGUAGUCUGAGAUAUCGUGCAUUGUUUCCCGCAUUUUUUUAUCCACCCAGGGAAUCUUUAACUUGACAUAUACUAAUUCUAUGCUUUAUAUUAGAGAACAGUAUUAGCAAGAUCUUAUUUUUCACGUUACCUGUUCUACCGAGGGUUCACAUAAACGUGUAAGCUAAUUUAACAUUAAUAAAUUAAUUAGUGUUCUUUCACACACGCGCGCGCGCACACACACACAAACAAAGUUAAACUCUAUCUUGUUAUGUUAAUGGUACAAACGUAAUAUUAACAGGGCUAAGGCGCCAAAAAGGAGGUAAAAGAGAAAACAAAAUGAAAAGCAACAUGCAACGAACACAAUGAUUUACGUUCUCUUCGGCGUUGUGCGACUUGUAAACGAUUUGUAUUCGGUAGCAUAAGAAAAUGCGAAGGAUCGCCUCGAAUAAACUUGACCAAAAUUUUAUCCGUCUGUUUGAACUUGAA